GGCCCCCACGCCGCUCACAACCUUGACCACCCCAUACGGCGCCGUUCACCAGAUACUUUUGAAUUGAAACCUUUCAUUUUCAUCUGUACACAGUGGUUACCGAGUUUUGUCUUAGAGGAGAACAUAACUGAAACAAAUUAACCAAAAACAAAGAUUUCCAAUGGGAAAAUCUCCCGGAAAAUGGAUCAAGUCGAUUUUCCGGCCCAAGAAGUCCAAACAGAAUCAUAUUCCGAAUUCUGCUAAUAAUGGAGACACGUUGGUUUCAUCUAAACCAUCUGUGAUUCAAAUCUCCGUGCAACAUCCCGUGAAAUCGCAACCGCCUCUCAAUGUUGCUGCUGAAAAUGGAGUAGCUGCUAAGUUGCAAGAUGGAGAGUUUGCAAUUUCAUGUGCACAAGGAGAUGAGAAUGCACAAGCGGUCGCAAAUUUGGGUUCGCAUGAGGAUCCUGAACGUAUUACGCAUGAAAUAGCUGCCACAGAGGCACAGGCUGCUAUUAGAGGUUAUCUGGCUCGUUGUCAAUUUCAAUCACUUAAGGGCAUUAUUAGACUGCAAGCAGUUAUCCGAGGUCACUUGGUUAGAAGACAAGCUGUUGCUACUGUAUGUUGUGUAUGGGCAAUUGUUAAACUUCAGGCGCUGGCUCGUGGUCAAAAGGUUAGACGUUCUGCAGUUGGGAUUGAAGUGCAGAAUACAUGCAACAUGGUGGAAAUUCAGGGUGCUAAAUGCUCUUCAACUUCUCGAACAUGUACAUCUACGCUGGAAGAAAAGCUGAUAAAAAAUGUGUUUAUUCAUAAGCUUUUGGCUUCAUCAAAAGGUGCAUCGCCUCUAAGCCUCCAGUAUACUGCUGGGGAGACUAAUUCAUCCUGGGAGUGGGCGGACCGCUGGACAAGUUCACACUUCUGGAAAUCCUGUUCCCGACAAAAGAAAAAUGGUAAACAUGAGAAGGUACAAAAAGUGGACACAAAACAAGGGAGGUCAAAACAAAGUGUCCAGAAGCCAUCCUGUGCUAAUACUGAACAUGGCUCAGGUAACUUGGUCAAAGAUUCCACAAAAACAAAACGGAAUUCAAGAAAGCUCUUGAGCCACACAGCAGUUUCACUUCAGGAACAUUCACAAAAAGAAUUUCAGAAGGGAAAUCACAUUAUAAGAAAAGCUUCUGAUUCCACGAAGGUGGCUCAUGAAAGAUUUGACGUUGAUAAUGGGAAAACAAAGCGCAAUGUGGGGAAGUUUUCCACUGUUGCCACUGAAGAUUCAGAAGAUGCUAAUGUGGCAUUAGCUGUUACACAAGUGCCAGAAGUUGAGGGAAUUCCAAAAGCUCCUGCUGUGGAUGAUCAGGUUGAUGCAUUACACAAGUCCAAGGAUAUGGAAUUUGAGAUCGUGGGGAACAAUGGUAAAAUUGAUGAUAUCGCAGGUGCACAGUCAAUUCAGAAGGAUUACCGUACUGCCAGUGAGAACCAGAAAGUCGGUGAUAGAAGAUGUUCAUUUCCUUCGAAUGUUGAGCAUCAGGAGAAUGGGGUACAUAGUGCAUCAAAAGUUCCCAGCUAUAUGGCACCAACUGAAUCAGCAAGAGCUAAGUUAAGAGGACAAGGAUCCCCCAGAUUUUCCGAGGAUGCGACUGAAAGUUCUGGCACAACCACUACCAGACGUCAUUCUCUACCAUCAUUCGUGGAUGCCAAGUUUACUUCAAUGUCUCCACGAGCUCAAAAACCGGUCCAUGCAGCUAGCAAAGGAGUGGUUAAAAGUGACAGAUCUCUAUCUGCUUCUAGAGAUGGUUCUGUUUCAGAUAAGGGGAUUAAAGCAGAAUGGCGGAGGUGAUUUAGUGAAGAAUGCUACGUACAGAAUGUUACGGUAUAGGUUGCAGGUUCAUGUAAUUUUUAGAGUAUUUUGGUAUGCUGUCUAACUUUCUUUUGGCUUUAGUUUUCUGCUUCAUAUUACAUGCGAUAUGCAGAUACAAGAAAUUAUCCAGUUAAAAUUUCUAAUUAACCUGUGUUUAUCA